CCUAUUUUCCCUUUGUUUCAAGUGAUUUUAUCAUUUUAUGAUUCUAUCAAUAAAUUCUUCUUUAUGACUUAUUUCGAAAUCUAAAUGAUAGUUGAUAUAUUAACAAGAUUUGCAUUGAAAAUUCCCUUAAUGUGGAAAGGGAACAAAACACCUACACUUACUAAGAACGUGUAUCACUUUUGCUUGAGUAAUGGUACGAGUUUAAAUUUGUUUAUGAUAUGAAAUCUUAGUACUAUAUCUAUUUAAUUUUAAAAAACCAAUCUGAACAUAGUUUAGUGGAUAAGUCACUGCUCAGUUCGGAUUAUCGUUGUUGUUUCGGUUAUAUGUUGAAAUUAAUAAUAAUCUAAUAAAAAUCUAAAUUACACUCUACAAAACUAUUCUGACAUAAGACACAAUCAUCCUAAUUUCAAGCACUAAAUUCUAAAAAUUUGACAUUCCCAUCUCUGUAUCAAAUGAUCUCUCAUCUAUUGAAUACCAAAACUCUUCCUUAUAUUUCCCAAUUAAUGAAUUAAAAGAAAAAAUGUUCGCAACUAUUUGCUAGGGAAGUCUCUUGGAUAGAUAAAAUAUCCUGUCCUAAAUAAUUCUCCUGGAUUUGUUCCUGAGUAUCUUUGUUCAGUUAUCAUUCUUGCCUUUGAAUCUUAUCCCUGAAUCUGAAUCUGAAUGCCUUCAUGUUCAAUCCGAUCACCACAGGCACCAAAAAUGCUCUCCCGAAUUUAGCACAACUUUCCCCAAUCACAAAACUUACAGAUACUCAGAAGUCAAAACAAUAAUUCACAGGGAAUUGAAAAUUCCUCCAAAGAGUCAUCUCUUUCUCAUUGCUAUCCAAAAUCAUAUCUUCCACGUCCUGAUUCUCAGAAUAUUUGCUCCCAUAGAUAUUAGAAGGAGAUGCAAUAGAGCGUAUAUUUGAUUUAUUGAAGAAUUUAGCAUAUCAGAAGAAAUGGGAAUCUUUCAAGUUGGGGCUGAAACCCCUUAUCCAAUGAUGCCACUACAACUCCUUUUCUCUCAUGGAUCAGUAAGGCACAGUUCGUGAGGACAGGGGAAAACGGGGGGAUUUUGUGAAACCACAUAUGGAUUUGGAUGGGACAAUGAAACAUGCACAUCAGACAGAGAUAAGACACAGGUCAAAGAGAUUGUUAUGGGACAUGUGGCGGAUUAAAUUCAGGGGAUUGCAGAAGGAUCACUUGGAACCAUAUUAGAAGAAUUGAAUGUGCGUCUUUUUGGGGCUUAUAAAUGGGAUUGAACUGUUUUCAGGUCUUGUGUGUCUGAAAUCUUCACGUGGGUCUGCUCCAUCUCAUUCUGUCUCUGUCUGCAUAUUUAUCUGUUUGUUUGCUAGUCUGACUGGAAAAUCUUAUCGAGUUUUCUCUUCUUUUGUUUUGUUUUGUUUUUCUUUUUCUGUAUAUGAGCGUGGGCCGUUAAGAGAUAACUAUCAGGUUUAGGGAGUAGUUUUGUUCGUUGGCUGACAGAGAAAGCUCCCAGUGUUAGUACUAUGGAGAACAAGAAGUUGCAAGUGGCUACCUCUUCAUCUUCAAGUUUGGAUCAUAUUUUUGGUCCCGUGGACUCAAAUUCAGCUUCUUCAACAUCUACAACUGGUUAUUUCGGCUCUAUUUUCCCACCACCGGUGGUGGAGAGAGCGAGAAAAAAGGAUGUUGGAAAUCAAGUUAGCUCAGGCGAACUUGGGAAUCCAGAUAAUGCUUCUAUAAAUGGCAAAAAAGGAACUGCUGGUGCAAAUGGGAAAGAUGAGAGCUCCAUAUAUCAGAAUGAAACUAUGGAACCAAGUUACUUUAGUUCCUCCAUCUUUUAUGGUGGCCAAGAAAAUUACUCCCCAAGAACCAAUGCCUCGCAAUCCCAUCAUAAUUUUAAGAAAGAAGGGAAAGACAACGAUGCAAAUGAAAGCAAUUCAAACUCUGUUUCAAGAGGAAACUGGUGGAAGGGUUCUCUUUAUUACUAACGCUCUACCUAUAUAAUGGGAUUUCUCACCUGCAUAGGAUUUGGUGACAGUAUAAUCUACAUUAUAUUAUCAUUUACAAGCUAAGCUACCAUAGUAUGAUGAUAGUAAUAAAGAAGUAGAGUAGGAAGAGGCCUAAAAGGUUUUGAUCAAAGAAUGAAGCUGACUAGUUUUAUAUUUCAAAGCUGAAGAGUGUUGAUGUGGCUUUCUUUCUGCAAGUGGAACUCUUUCAAUACCUCCAUCGUAAUCUAUCCUUUAUUAUCUGGUAUUGCAAUAACCAUGUUCACUCAGUAUAUGAUGAGUUUAGUUUAUUUUACUAUAUUUCGUGAAUUCGAUACCGAUUA